AAGAUAUUCUUACUCACUCCGUUAUUUCCUCACUGUGUUGGCUUCCCAUUGUAUUAAGGUGAGUUGGGCCAUAUCAAUACUUCCCCCAUCGAAAACAACUUUGUCCUCAAGGUUGUAGGAGGACUGCAAACCUGUCGUCAAGAAAGCUCUUUCACAAGUGUCUAGAUCCAUUAACGAGUGACCCACAAGGUCUUGAGCGAUUCAAUGGAAGCUGUAGAUGAGGGUGUGGACAUUCAGGAAAAUCUUUCUGGCUUUAUUUUCAUGUGUAAUAGAAUUACAAAGCCAGAGUGCUACCGGUACCGAGUUUUUGGGCUUCCUUCCGGAAGAAUGGAAGUUGUAGAGAAGAUCAAUCAUGGUACUUACCUUUUUCUGUUUGACACUGAUGUGAAGCUUCUGUAUGGCAUAUAUAUGGCAACCUCAACUGGGAAGCUUAGGAUAGAACCAUUAGCUUUUGGUCAGAAAUUCCCUGCUCAGGUGAAAUUCAAAAUUUACAAAGACUGUUUACCCUUGCCAGAGAACUGCUUUAAACAUGCCAUUCAAGAUAAUUACCAGAAAGGCUCCAACAAAUUUAAUCCUGAACUCAAUAUUACGCAAGUAAGAAGUCUAUUAGAAUUGUUUCGCCCAUUACAUUCAUUGCGAACUGCACCUACACAACCUUUUUUGAAGAAACCAAUGAAUAAUCUUUAUCAUCAGAUAUCAGGGCCACCCCUUUCUGAGAAUGCAUUUUUGUCUAGGAUGUCACCCACUCGAGCUCCAAGGCUGUGGAACUAUAAACAUGUAAAUGAACUCAGGGAGCCUACGGCUUGUGCCUAUCCUGUUCAUAAUGUUACGCCUUAUUCAGCUGCAGCACAGCCUGUGUCAUCACAAGCUUCAAGGAAUCAGUUUUAUUCUCUGGAGGGUAGUUAUGCACCUGGGAUGGGCACCAGUCAUACAAGAUCACUACCAGAUUCUCAAUAUUCACAUCAGACUAUCCUUAACCCACAACCUGAAUUUCAUUCAUCCCCGGUGAACAAGGGUAGUGGUCAUGCUCAGUCUUUGCAAGAUUUUCAACAUGCACAUCACAAUAUCAUACACCAACAAACUGAAUUUCAUUCUUCAUUGUUGACUGUUGGUAACAGUCAUACUCUAUCACGGCAAUAUCCUCAAUAUCCAUAUCAGAUUAUCCCAAACCCAUCACAUGAUUUUCAUUCCCCAGCGGCAAAUGCAGGCAGCAGUCAUCAGAGUCAUCCCCACUUGUCAUGGGGUCCUCACUAUACCCAUCAGAAUAUCCCAAACUUGCAACCUGACGCUUACUCCACCUUGGCGAAUACAGGCAACUGUUAUGCUCAAUUAUUGCCAGAUCCUCAGCAUACACAUCAGAAUGCCCAAAAUCCUCAACCUGAUCUCAAUUCUUCCUUGGUGAAUAUGAGCCAUGUCAGUGUCACGAUGCAACCGCAUGCUUUGUCAUCAUCAUAUUAUCCAUAUGUUCCUCAAGAAGUUGUAUAUUCCGCGUCUUCAUCGCAAGGGUCUGGAGCCAUACAAGGGGUGAUAUCAAGUGAUCAACAAAAUGGAACUGGAAGCGAGUAUUAUCAGCCAUCUAUGUAGACAGAGGGGAAUACUUCUACACAUAAGAAUGUUGUCAGCCACCUGUAUUCAGCAAAUUCAGAUUCAAAUUCUUAGUGCUUAAUCCCUUCCGCUUAAACAUUCAAUUUUGCUGCCUUUUGUCUUGUGUAUAUAAAGGCGCCACAUAUACUGUUUAGUUACUACUUUUUGUACCAAAAGAAUGAACUAUUAGGAAGGAUUUGAAAAGAAAACGAGUAAAGAGGCGAGUCACGAAGAACCGUAAUGACAAUAAAAAAAGGAAUUAAGAUA